AUGGCACCCAUCGCCGCCGGUGACUCCUUGCCUGACGGAACCCUCGCUCACUUCGACGAGAACGAUCAGCUCCAGCAGGUCUCCAUCCACUCCCUCGCCAAAGGCAAGAAGGUCGUCAUCGUCGGCGUUCCCGGUGCUUUCACCCCCACUUGCAGCUUGAAGCAUGUUCCUGGGUUCAUCGAGAGAGCAGAGGAUCUCAGAGCCAAAGGCGUCGCUGAGAUCAUCACUAUUAGCGUGAAUGACCCAUUUGUGAUGAAAGCUUGGGCCAAAACCUACCCGGAGAACAAGCACGUGAAGUUCUUGGCCGAUGGGUCAGCAACUUACACCCACGCGCUGGGCCUCGAGCUCGAUCUCAAGGAGAAGGGUCUCGGAAUCAGGUCGAGGAGGUUCGCUCUGUUGGUGGACGACCUCAAGGUGAAGGCUGCCAACAUUGAAGAAGGUGGUGAAUUCACUGUUUCCAGUGUUGAUGAGAUCAUCAAGGCCCUUGAUUGA